ACAGUGCUGGGGCACAUGGGUGGAAACUGGCGAAGAGCAGGGAGUAACAGCAGGCAAACGAGAGGAGUGCAAAGUUCGAAGUCAUACAGGGGGGCAGGUAUAAAGGUAGGUGAACUGUGAGCUAUGGCAGAUUACACACUGAAUAUGGAGGUGAGUCCUGCAUGGGUUCACAGUGUCUUCAUCGUCCUGGCCGUGUUGAGCCAGAUCCUCUCUGAAUUCUUCACCACAACCUUCAUCAGCGGUGUGUACCACAGCUCCAGUGAUAAUGUCUCUUACAGCUGCUCCAUUGAUGCCUCCCUGGAUGCCUGGGCCAGUUCCAUGUGGAUCAUGCUCAGUGUGUGGAAUUUGGUUUGGCUCAUAUACGCUUUCUCCACAGUACUUCGCAGGAACGUUCUCGGCCCAGUGUGCUGUAAUCCUGAAGUACACCCACCUCUCUUCUACAUGACCUGGAUUUUCAUCGGUUUUGUGAGGGUUGCCUUGUGGUUUCUCGGGAAUGAUCCGUGUUUGGUCAGAACCUUUGCCCUGAAGAUGCUCAUUCCAGUGUCAGCCAACGUGAUGCUCGGCAUUUCCUACAGCAACCUCCAUCAGCAUCAGUCCUGGCUGGCCGCCCACAGCCCAAACGACUACUGGUUUAUUUGCUUUCUUACCCAGAAUGGACUGGCCAUGUUCGCGACCUGGACGUACCUGGAAGCCAUGGUGACCCUGGGUACUGUGCUCAAUUACAACACUAGUCUUCAGGAUCCCCUCGUCAGCACUGUCGUCCUCACGUUGCUCUUGAUGGGCUUGGUUAUAUGGUUCACUUUUGAAAGCUUCAUCUUUGAGAAGCUCAUGCGAUACACGUUCACUGUGUAUCCCACAAUGAUCCUGGGCCUGGGGUCUAUCUUCACCAGAAGCUAUCACUUUGAUGACAUCGCACCCAACACCGUUUACUGCGGAGUUCUGAUGCUCUUUGCCACGCUCCUGAACAUCAUCCGGUUGAUUGCCGUUUGCUGCUACAAAGACAGGAAGCCCUCAUUUCUCUCUCAAGACCGGGCUCCCCGGGAAGACGUCUGUGAAACGGUGGCUCAGGAGAAAGACCGUCAAGAUGCCGAAGACGGCAACUGGGGCAUUGUCAACAGCCAGUUUUCCAAUGACUGAGGCCCUGCUGGAUGGAAAAGCGUCAUGCAUCUCGGGCACAUGAUUGUGGGGAAGCUGAAGGUUAAAAAUUCAGUUCCUCUAAGAUACUUUGCUGCUACGUAAUGAAAGAAAAAUUAUUGAAAUUGGACCAAAAAUAUACCAACAGAUCAAUAUGUAAAACAGAGUGCAAAAACGCUUUGAUGCUUUCAAUUUGCUUUAACAAGCUACCAAAGGAAGUACUGCUUUGGCUUCAAAAUGCUGCAAGAACCGUAAAUGAAAAGAAAUACAUGGCAAUUUACAAUUUCAUUGUUUUUUUUAAAUCAUAAGGGAAAUGUUAGAUGUAACCACCUGAUUUCAUUGUUUCAGUACACAUAAAAUUUAUUUGAAAAUGAUAUGUACAACAUACAAUUUGUGAGGAAAGCAUGAUCUUGCAAAAGUCCGAAAAUCUGUGGGGGAAAAAGGGUAAAUUCUGUUAUGUAAAUACCAUAUGAUCCAUACCUUUGGCUUUUUAUUAUUAUUUCCUGUGCAAUACUUUGCUACGUUCCUUUAAUCCACAUACACUUUAAAAACUGUCCUGUCUUAGUAAUGUAAAUCUACGCCCUGAAAAUCAAACAUAGGCUGAUUUAACUUAUUUUAAACACGUAUGAAUUCUUCAGAAUUGUCCAGAAAUUUGUUGUGAAAUAAUAAAAAAUGACCUUAGGCCUCAAUAAAGUAUCAGUUUGUAAA